AUGAACAUGGAAAACGACUUGAAGGAAGAACUGAAUAGAAGAAUGAGAGCAGCAUACGCAGCAUUCGCAGCCGUCAGGGAAGCUACGGACCAACUGACGGACCAAGAUCUUCGUGCCCAUCUGUUCGACUCGACAGUCCUUCCAGUGCUCUGUUACGCAGCGGAGACGUGGGCAAAACCGGCGCACACAACACCUAUCUAG